AUGUCGGUCCCACGAAGGGUUGUCAAGCUGCUCCAGCUGACGGCCAAGGGACCACCAGGCGUUAGAUACCAGCGGAAAAAGUACUCAGUUCAGUGCAUCAUGGAUAACCCUGUAUUGUUCAAGGGCAAGAAAGAUAGAUUUUCUGGGAUAACUGUUUCAUCUGAAGAUGAACCAACAACAGCACAAGAGUUUGAAACUGUUUUACAAGCAUCUUUAAGCCACUGGGCAAAGGAGAAGAUCAGAGGUGUGUGGUUUAGAGUUCAUCUUCAGAAUGCUGAAUGGGUUCCAAUACUUGCAAAGCAUGGUUUUACAUAUCAUCACGCUCAGCCACAAUUUGUCAUGAUGGUGAAGUGGUUGGCUGUAAAUGAACCAAAUAACAUACCCAGAUAUGCACAUAAUGUAAUUGGAGUUGGUGCAUUUGUUGUAAAUGAUGAGGAUGAACUGCUUGUUGUGCGGGAAAGAUUUCAUACAAGACCACAUUGGAAGCUACCAGGUGGAUAUGUUGAACCAGGUGAGGAUCUAAGCACAGCGGCCAUAAGGGAAGUUAAAGAAGAGACUGGAAUAGAAGCCGACUUCAUGUCUUUGGUGUCCUUCCGCCAUGUGCAUGGCGCCAACUUCAACUGUUCAGACAUAUAUUUCAUUGUCCAUAUGCAUCCAAAGAGUAAAAAUAUUACAAUGUGCGAGAGAGAAUUGGCAGCAUGUGAAUGGAUGAAGCUGGAGGAGUAUAUCAACCAUCCAUAUGUACACGAAACAAAUAGGUUCUUUGCGGAGCGUUUCCUAGAGUGCCGCAAGAAUGGAAUUCAGAUUGAGGCCAGCAACAUUUUCAGUGGAUCUUUUAAGAGGAACCAGGUUAUUUAUAGUAUCACUUUCCAAAAUGCUCAGACAUCAGAUGGAAAGAAUGACCCGGAAAACACAAGCAGUUCAGAUGUGGUUAAUGGUGGUCCAAAAAUAUAAUUUGUAAGAAAUUUCAGUAUGAUUUUUGUGCUUUUUAUCUAAGUUUAUGAAAUGAUAUAUUUGAGUUAUUAUAUCUGUUCACUUAUUAUUUUAUUUAUGAUUUUAUUAUAUUUACCCUUUCUCUAUAUCUUUCCAUAUCUGUAAGGUCUUCAAUAUUAUAUGUUGAUAUUUAUAAAAUCAUUUCUAAAUUUGAAAAUAUGAGUAUAUA